UCUGUAGUUUCAGUCAUCCUUUUGUGAAAGCUUUGCUGCGGUGGCUUCGAUGGGCGCUUUAGAUUUGUGUUUUUUUUCCAGAGUAGAGGGAAUUUCGUAAUUUUUUGUCAUCUUUGUUUAAAUCAGUAGAGUACCACCAAAGCCACAAGGUUAAUACGAUUUAUAGCAGAGGCAAAGAAUGCUCCACAGCUUUCUUUGGAAGAAGAGACCAGCUCAGCUCGUAGAACCAACACAUUGAUACCUUUAGUAUAUACGAUCGGCUUGAAACCAUGGAUGAAGGAUCGCAACGUUUGAUAGACGACUGCUUUUUGCGUCCAAUCCAGCAGGAUGUUCGUUCAACGAAUAGACCUGCGGAAGUGCCCGCCUCAAAGGUAACACUUAAAACCGAAAUGCAAGUACUACGUCUAAGUGAUGAUUCACAAAAAAUGUGCAUGGAGACAUUAAGAUCGAUACAUGGUGACGAUUUUCGUUUGGAUGAUCCCUCCAAGUACAAAGACCGAGGUGGUAGGAUGAAAAAAUCCUAUUGGGAGGAUCGUGGUACACUUGUGGUCCAGUCUGUUACCAAUUUCUCCUCAAAUAACAAUGCUUUGGAUGGCGAAAAAAAUCCAGAAAGUCCGGAACAAAGAUUACGACGUUAUGCUCUGUUGAAAUUGGAAAAUUAUGGAUUCGCUUCUAGUCAUUGCCUGGAAGCCUAUGAUCAUUGUAAUGGCAACGUGGAUGAAACCUUGAAUCUUUUGUUCCGUAAAUACAUGAAGAUAGCGGAUGAGCAGCAGGAAGUAUCAGUGGAUUUCACAGAAAACGAAUUACUUGAUAUGCGUCGUGAUGAAAAGGAGGCUUUAGAAUCUAUUUAUGAUAAGAUAUUCGAAGAAAAAGAAAAGAAUUCCGUUUGGAAUUUGAAAUUUAAAAUUGAGCAUCUAUUGCAGCAUAGUCCCUCGGAGGUGCGUAAGGCACGCGAGGCUGCUGCGGCCAAAGAAAAUUCUAAUCAAAGGCCAGUGAAAAAGCCCAAGGAACCACAAAGGUGUCGCAAUUUCGAUGAAAAAGGUACCUGCAGAUUCGGUCCAAAAUGUCGUUUUGCCCACAUUCGACCAGAACCGGUAAUACCUGAAAAACCCGCAAGCAAAGACAAAACCGAUGAGUCAGAUGAAAAAUGGUUUUAUUUAGAGAUUCGAUUUCCUCCAAACACCAAAUAUCCCUAUGAGGCUCCCUAUGUAUAUGUUAAAACCACAUGCCAUGACAUCCCCAAUGAAAUAAGACUGAAAUUGGCGAGAAAGCUUUACAGAGAGGCUCAAGAGUCCUGCCGCGAUGGCAUACCCUGUGUUUAUAGUAUUUCCGAGUUACUACAAAUGGAAAGUUUUUCCGAAAACAUAGAUCUGGAUCAAGAACCCUUUCCCAGACCCGAUAAGUCUAUAUUUUAUGUUGAAGAUCCUUUGGAAAAGGAAGAUAUUGUAAAACAAUUUGAAAAUUUACCAACGCACUAUGAAAAAGGUCUUACCUCACAUGGUGAUGGUUUUCGCAAAGAUCCCGAAUCGAUGGAGAAAGAAGAUCGCCAGCUAUUAAAACGUUUCAUGGACCGUCGUAAAGAUGAAAAAUAUCAAAAGAUGAUGAAAACAAGACAGAACUUACCAGCCUUUACUAAAAUGAUGGAUAUUUUAAAUUUGCUUGAAACAUCUCAAAUAUUGGUUAUUUCUGGAGAAACAGGCUGUGGUAAAUCUACUCAGGUCCCUCAAUUUAUAUUGGACAACUGGUUUUUUAAGGCUUCACAGCUGGAUAAUUCGCAAAAAAUGCCCCACGUCGAAGUGAUAUGUACGCAGCCAAGAAGAUUGUCAGCCAUAGGUGUGGCUGAACGUGUUGCCGAUGAAAGAGCUGAAAGAAUAGGACAAACCGUUGGCUAUCAAAUUCGUCUAGAAAAUAAAAUAUCCUCAGCCACAAGGUUAACAUUUUGUACGACUGGUAUACUGCUGAGACGUUUGGCAUCCGAACCUCUAUUGGACUCAGUUACCCACAUUAUUAUCGAUGAAGUACACGAACGCAGUGAAGAAUCCGAUUUUCUUCUUAUGAUAGUCAAACGCAUACUGCCACUGAGGCCAGAUCUGAAGGUCAUACUGAUGUCAGCCACCUUAAACGCCAAACUCUUCUCCGAAUACUUCAAUGGUGUGCCGGUAUUAGACAUACCUGGAAGAACAUUCCCUGUGGAACAGCUAUUUCUUGAAGACAUACUCGAACGUUGUGAUUAUGUAAUGGAAUGUGAUUCUCAAUAUAGUCGUAAGGUUAGUAAAAAGGAAGAGGAGGAGUUGAUGCGAGAGUUGGAGUAUGCCGAUAUCAAAGCUGAAAAUGUCGCACCGCCUGCCAAACUUAAAGAUGAGAAGUUAAAUUUAUCAGCCAUGUAUUCACGUUAUGCAGACUACUCGAAGAAGACUUGUAAAUCGAUAUAUCUUAUGGAGCCGAUGAAAGUCAAUCCAGAACUAAUUGAGUCUGUUCUGAAAUACAUUGUAGAGGGUGAACAUGAAUGGCCAAGAGAAGGUACAAUAUUAAUAUUUUUGCCUGGCCUGCAAGAAAUACAAGCUGUACAUGAUGCUCUUUGUGAUAGCAAUAUGUUCGGACCAAGAUCUGGUAAAUAUAUUUUAGUACCUUUGCACUCAACACUAUCCAGUGAAGAACAAGCUGCCGUCUUCCGUCCAGCCCCCAAGGGAAAACGAAAAAUUGUACUAAGUACAAAUAUAGCAGAAACUUCUGUGACAAUAGAUGACUGUGUUUUUGUUGUCGACUAUGGCCUUAUGAAAGAAAAACGCUUCGAUUCGAAUCGCAAUAUGGAGUCUUUGGAAUUGGUCUAUGUUUCGCGAGCCAAUGCCAAUCAGCGUAAAGGUCGUGCUGGCCGUGUUAUGCCUGGUGUUUGCAUACAUUUGUAUACACAACAUCGUUUCAAGUACAAUUUCUUGGCUCAACCCAUACCGGAAAUUCAUCGUGUGCCCUUGGAGCAAUUGGUGUUACGAAUAAAAACGCUGCCCAAUUUCCAGGGUCUUAAUGUCGUGGAAGUUUUGGGAGAAACUUUAGAACCGCCCACGGAGGAGAAUAUAAUUGGUGCUGUUACACGUUUACAAGAUGUUGGAGCUCUAGACGAAGAACAACAGCUUACGCCAUUGGGUCACCAUCUUUCAGCAUUGCCGGUCGAUGUGCGGAUAGGCAAGCUAAUGUUAUUCGGAACAAUUUUUCAAUGUUUGGAUAGUGUUUUAACCAUUGCCGCUUGUUUGUCUCACAAAUCUCCGUUCGUAAGUCCUUUCAACAAAAGAGCCGAAGCGGAGAGACGUAAACGAGAGUUUGCUCUAUGCAAUAGUGAUCACUUAACAUGUUUGCUUGCAUACAAGAAAUGGUUGGAGGUUUCAAAGCGUAACUUCUUCGCCAGUCGCAAUUAUGCUGAGGAACAUUUUCUUUCGUUGAAGACAUUGCAAACAAUAUCGGAAGUUAAAUAUCAAUUUUUAGAGUUAUUGGUGUCAAUAGGAUUUGUUCCAAUUAAUGUACCAAGAAGACGUAAAAAUGCUCAGGACACCAUUUUGGAUUUGACGGGCACGGAGCUGAACAUAAAUGGUGAUAAUAAUCGUCUUCUAAUAUCCUUACUGUGUGCCUCUCUUUAUCCGAAUAUUGUAAAAAUCCUAACACCGGAGCGCAGUUAUAUACAAACAGCCGGUGGAGCUAUGCCAAAAUUGGCCACAGCCAAAGAUUUACGUUUUAAGACCCGUGAAGAUGGUUAUGUGGCCAUACAUCCAUCAUCGGUUAAUUCGGAUACCGGGAAUUUCCAAUCGCCAUUUUUGGUAUAUCAAGAAAAAGUUAAAACUUCUAGAAUUUUCAUCAGGGAAUGCAGUAUGCUGCCAUUAGUGCCUCUUGUUCUAUUUGCUGGUUCUGAUUUAAAGGUUGAACUACACGAUGGCGAUUUUCUCUUCCUGCUAGAAGAUGGCUGGAUCAUAAUUAAGGCACACAACCACGAGACAGCGGAAAUGAUACAAUGUCUGCGUUUGGAACUUUUAAAGCUGCUGGAAGAGAAAAUUCGUGAUCCCUGUUUGAAUUUAUUGCAUCAUGAAAACGGUCGCAAAAUUAUACAAAGUAUUAUUUACUUAAUUGGUCACAAUAAUUGAAUUGAAAAUUUAAGCCAAAAUUGGUCAAACCAAAUGAAACUUGACUAUUCUUUGUUUUGUGGAAGAGAUUAUUUGUUUUUGUGUUCGUUUUCUUAGAGAAAUGUUCGUGUAAAUAAAAUACAAUAAUAUAACAUUUUGAUACUUGUUAAUGUUAUUUUCUGAAUGAAAUGUAACUUUUUAUAACAAUAAAUAUAAAAAUACAAACAUGUGUGUUGGCUGCAGUA